UACACCCUCUCUGUAUGAAGGAAGAAAAUGCAUGAGCACAGGGGUGUACUUGUGCUCUAUUGCAGCUCAUCCUAAGGAACAAGACCUUGUUCAACACAUGCCUCCACCAGCAUGUUAUGGAGGGAGACAUACUGUAACUCUUAUCCCAGGAGAUGGUAUUGGUCCAGAACUUAUGCUACAUCUCAAAGAAGUCUUCAGACAUGCCCAUGUACCUGUUGAUUUUGAAGAGCACAGUUUAUGUGGAGAGACCAACAAAGACAGCGAGGAGGUUGAAGCUGCCAUCAUUGCCGUCAAGAGGAAUGGAGUUGCCCUCAAAGGCAACAUCCACACUGACCUUGAGAACCUGAAGCAUGUUGCUGAAAAGUCUAUGAAUGUCCAACUCAGAGUUGGUCUUGAUGUAUUUGCCAAUGUGAUACGGUGUAAGUCCAUCCCUGGAGUAAAGACGAGACAUGAGGGCAUCGACAUAGCUAUCAUCAGGGAGAACACAGAGGGAGAGUACUCAAGCUUAGAACAUGAAAAUGUAAAUGGAGUAGUGGAAAGCCUCAAGAUUAUUACAGAAGAAAGAUCAAGAAGAAUUGCUGAAUAUGCCUUUAAUUAUGCACUGAAACAUGGGCGUAAGAAGGUUACUGCAAUCCACAAAGCCAAUAUCAUGAAACUGGGAGAUGGUCUCUUCCUCAACUCAUGUAGAGCAGUUGCAGCAAGAUAUCCUGAAAUUGAGUUUAAUGACCUUAUUGUUGAUAAUUGCUGUAUGCAGCUGGUAUCAAGACCCCAACAGUUUGAUGUGAUGGUAAUGCCUAAUCUCUAUGGUAACAUUAUCAGUAACAUUGGAUGCGGAUUGGUGGGUGGACCUGGCUUAGUACCAGGUCAGAACGUUGGAGAGGAUUAUGCCAUCUUUGAAACUGCAACCAGGAACACUGGAAAGACAAUUGCAGGUCAAAAUCUUGCCAACCCUACAGCUACAUUGCUGGCUGGAGCACUGCUCUUAGACCACCUUGGACUAGAUAACUAUGCCAAGACCAUUAGGAGAGCCACAAUCAGGACUCUUACUGAAGAAAGGAUACACACUCCCGAUCUUGGAGGUCAAGCAUCUACCAGUGAUGUUGUACAGCAUGUUAUCAGUCAGAUUGACAACACAAAAUAAACAACUCUUAAGACCACUACACACUAUAUAAUCUGACUGUGACCAGAUUUAGGAACAAAUUUUGCUUUAAAAAUGUGACAGUCGAAGCAAAUUAUUUGAUAUUUGGUUCAUAGAGAUCUCGGAAAUACUAACAUCUAAUCAGGGAUAAUCACAAUUCCCUUUUUAGAGUAAAAUGAGAAAAACUUAAGAUUUCCCUUUAAGAUUAGAGCUGAUUGCAAUGAUUAAUACAAUUCAGUAAUGACUUCAGUGUUCUACCAGCUAUAUGGAGACUCACAGUAACCCUUCAACUUCAUUAUUUGAUGAUUCACCCAAGGAUUUAUAUCUUAGGAAGUAUGAUUCUUCAUUUUUUAAAUUAUCAUAAUUAUUAUCAUAACAUUGUUUUCCAAAAUUUGAUAUCAGACAGAUCAUGUAGUGUGGUCGGCUUUAUAUUAUUGAUAAUAUAUUAUAAGUUAUUAUUUAUUAUAAUAAAGUUAUACUAAAUUCUGGUUGUGAAGUCAAAUUGAAGUGAAACAUGAGCAGUGUCUCAUGAGGAUUGGAUGCAUGCUGAAUGUUUCAUAUUCUUUCAAUUUUAACCAUUUUAAGCCUGGUCUGUAAGUACAGGAGCUAAAAUGAAAAGUAGUUUUGGCACUGGUGCUAAGCAUUGUAGUUCUGUUGAAUAUGGUUCAAAACAUCUAGCUAUUUUGUAAAAUCUGUAAUACAGCUUAAACUUAAAAUGUUUGUCUUACUUUCAAAUACGUUUUUCAGCAAGAUAUUGUAUGUUGUUUACAUCAUUUUGAAAUGUGUAAUGAAGUAUGAUUGGUUCUAAUGAUAUGUUAUUAGUGGACAACAUAAUGCACUUCCAGAGAUUUACCCUUAAGAUAACAAAUAGGAAAGCCAAUUAAUCCCAGAAACAGAAUCCAAAAAUGUUUGCAAUUUGCCCCUAUUUUGGUCUAGUGGCUCCAUUCAUUUGACUGUCAACCAGACUGUUUGCAAUCAGAGGACUUACGGCCUUUAUAGAUCCUCUACAUAGGGCCCUAACAUAUUGAAUAGGCCUACUGAUUUACCUACUGAGCUAUCUGAAUUCACUGUGAUUUUGUACCUUGGCUGAUUUGGUUGGAAAGAGAUUUCUUCAAUAUGGAUUCAAGAUAUGUUUGGACCUGCAAAGUUAAUUGUUAAUUGAGAGCAUCAGGAAUAAAAAUAUGAUUUCUACAUGAUUAAUAUCAUAACAUUGCUUAUUACAAAUAAUAUGAAGGCCUACAAUUAUAACAGAUUUAACCCGUAAUUAUGGAAAGUUAAAUUGGCCAUAGUUGAUGAAGUAGAUUAUUAAUGUUUUUUUUCUAAUUGCAUUGAGGGUUUCUCAGUUAUACAUGAUUGUUUAUAUUGUACAAGUCUUGAGAUGUUAGUUCAUUUAUCGCCAAUGGAAAGUACAAAGAUAUAGAUGUUUAUAUAUUCAAGGCAAUAUGUAUGUUAUUAUUUCUUAACAAUUUAAAGAUACAAAAUAUCUCAUUAUUACUCAUUCCCCAUUUCUUAUUUAUGUUUGAAUUCGCACAAAAAGUGUUUUGAAAAUACUAUGGCUCCCUUUGGGACAUAUGCCAAUUGUUCUUUUUAUUUAUACACAUAAAGCCUAAUCCAAAUAUGAUGAGAUAAACACAGCAACAGUCUUUUAAAGUGUGAAAUACCUAGUGUGAAAAAUCACCUUGUUUAUGCUUCAAGUCUUGAUAAGUUGUUUGGCCAAAGUCAUGAUGUCUUAUUGUUUUAUGUAUGAUAUCAAUGGGGCAUGUCAUAAGCUGUUUGUUAUACAUGCUUUAUACUUGAUUGGUGAUACAUUUUAAGGUGCUAGUUGCUUCCAUUCCCCUCAGCUAAAGUUAAGAAAUCUGAUCUAUGUUGAUUAAAAAAAAAGGGAAGGGGGUGGGGGUCUCAUCCAAGACAGUAACAGCUCACCUGUCAUGCGCAAAGUCUUGUGUUUAACUUACAAUUUUAUGAAAUACAGUGUGGUGCAUAAGGUCACAAAGCAGAGGCCAAGGGCUGACUGCCCAAGACCAAGGACUUCCUACAUACAAGGCAAAGGACUAAAUGUCCAAUGCCAAAGACAAGGUCAAGGUCGCAUGAUUGUCCCAGAGGAACACUGAUGAAACACCUCCCAGGGCUCAUAUUUGAUCUCGUAAAUGAUGAUUAAACCAUAUAAUGUAAAUAUCAAAAUAUCCUGUGACAUAGUUGCAUUUUUAUACAUGUUGUAAGACCCAAGUCACGUUGGGAUGCAAUUAGUUGAUUGCAUGACUAAAGUCCUGUAUUUGAAAUGUCAAAUUUCAAUAUCACAAUUUCUAAAUUGAGGAGAAAAAAUGAAAUUGAAAUGGAGACAAUGCAUUUAUUUAUAUUUUAAUGUCAUCGAGUUAUCUAAAUUGUGUUGUGUGUGACAAAUGGCACAAUAAAGAAUUUAUUGCUGAAAUUUAAAAAUAA